AUGGACAUAGACGAUAUCCUGCGCGAGGUCGACCCCCAGACGUACCACAUCCCCCGCCAGACGCGCGACCUGCAGGCUCUGACGCGUCGAUGGGUAGCAGAGCGGUCUGCGCCGGAGCUCCUGGCCUGGCCGUCAGACGGGCUGUUUGAGCGCGUCAAUGACCAGAUCAAGGCGCAAAUCGAAAAGAUUGAAGACAUGACGGGCGACAUGGAUCCCAAGACCAACUUUGCCCUCAUUGUCAUCCAGACCGAACUCGAGCGCUACAAGUUCCUCGUCCGGAGCUAUCUGCGAGCGCGCAUCGCCAAGAUUGACAAACACACCCUCCACUACCUCUCGACCGAAGAGCUGCGCGGCCGCCUGUCGUCGACGGAGCUCGCAUACGCCACCCGCCACCAGGCCCUCCUCCACAACCACUACCUCUCCUCCUUUCUCGGCUCCUUUCCCGAAAAGCUCCAGAAUCUCAACGACACGGCCGGCAACAUCAGCAUGGUUGACGCGCCUGAUCUGGACGCCGCCGUCUUUGUUCGCAUGCUGCGCGACAUGGACGUGCAUGCGCGCGGCACCGAUAGGGACAAUACACUGCCGACGGCAAACGGGGACGUUGUCAUUAUGCGGUGGUCCAGCGCGAGGCCGCUGGUGCUGGCUAUGGACGCCGAGUUGGUCUAG